GCUAAACUCUUCAGGACAACGGCCCUACAGGACCGAGUUUGGGCACCCCUUUUAUAAAUGAUGAAUUGAUAUCACUUAUAAAUAGCUAACAUUUUCAAAUUAAUUUUAUUGUGUAGUAGAGCACUAGCCUUUAUUGUCACGCACUCUAAAAUGUCUAGCUUUCAGUUUUCCAGUAUACCACUUUUAUUGGUAUAUUUUUGUUUAGUUUUAAUCUGACUUGUUUUGCCGUUCAUGUUGUGUAUUUUUAAAACGACGUUUGGAGUCGGUUUGUGUAUUAGUAGGCUAAUACUCGGUGUUUAUAGGAUUCAUUGUUGAGAAACCUUGCCAAACCGAGCUGCUGUAGGCUGCUUUCAGGAAACAGUGACGCACGCAGAGGCAGGGUCUUCAUAGUAUUGAACCUGAAAAGUUCUUGUCUGACAUCCAUCUGAAGUCAUUUCUUUUCGAAUUCUUUCGAGACAACAGAAUGAAAUUUUACCACAGAAUAACUUUGGCACUGGCGAUAAUAUGCCUUUUUGGGGACAGUGGACUGGGAGUCCCAGCCAAAGGCAGGGUGAAAUGCAACCCGGAUGAUAAGUACUCAAACUGUGUACAAGAAAUGAGCCCCUUGGUGCCCCUAUCAGGGCAACGCUCUCAACUUUCACCUUCUGCUGCAAAACACAUAUUCCCAGUUAGCAAAGAGGAAGCCACUCCUGAGAUGGAGGAGCAGUCAGGAGAGGGUUCAGGUAACUCCGACGCCUUCCCUCCUUUUAUCGGCAUGGAUCAGAAGUUGACGAGAGACGCAAGAAGUCUCAAGGAAGAAGUCAACAAGAAUGAAGAAGAAGGGUCGACUGAGUCCAGUGGAGACAUUGAUUACUCUGAAUAUGUAAUACCUCAGAAACUAGAUUUGCUUUCUAAAGAGGAUUUGAAAGAGGAAAACAUUAUUGCAUAAAAAGGGCUACAUUAGAUUUCAUGUGCUUUUUUUUAUUAUUAUUAUUUCUACAAUGUGAACCUUACAGGAUGCUGCUUUUUUGGUCACAGAUAUAAUUGAUUUAUUCUUAAACUGUGACAUGCUCUGCAAAAGUCUAUUGUAUUCCAGUUUGCAUUUGUAAGGAUCUAUUUUUGUUUGCUCUUCAACUUUGAAACCUUUAUUAUUAUUAUUAUUUUAUUUACUCUUAAUGUCCGCAGCUAUGAUCUGUAUUAAAACAAUAAUUUAAAUUCUAAAUUCAGCAGGGGCAUCUUAAAUAAAGUGUUUGGAUAGCAAGAAGUAUAUUUUGUACAAAUAUUUUUUUGCCAUUUUUUUUUUAUUUGUAAUAUAUUCUGAACUUUCAAAAAAACAACAACUGUUGAACUAUAAA